CAUGUACUGCUGCAAGCUGAGACAAACAGCAAUUGCCGCAGUCUGUUGGGGAAGCUUUGACCUAUUUGGAUUUUUUUCCCGCAACGCGCUACACGCGGGAGUUCCUGGCGAUGGAUGUGAAGACGGUGCUUCUCUUCGUGGGAGGGAUGUUAGCCUCUGCAACCUGUCAAUCCAAACGCCGCCUGGUGGCUGAUCUGUUUCAUGUAUACGACAAGCGUGUUGAACCCUUCGGGCCUGACGCCACACUGGAUGUGGAGAUGCAGCUCAAACUUGUUGAGAUUACCGACAUCGACGAGAAAAAACAAGUCAUGACGACAAAUUGCUGGAUUAAUUUGAAAUGGAGGGAUACAGCAUUAGCAUGGCAACCAGAAAGGUAUGGAAACGUUACCGACCUACGAAUCCCAUCCGAUGACAUGUGGACGCCUGACAUUCGAGCAAAAUACUCAGUGGGACCAAACAAUCAAAUAUCGUCCAGCGGACUAAACAAGGCCAUACUACAUUCAAGUGGAGAAGUUGAUCUCAAGUAUGAGGCCAUCCUAGAAACGCCGUGCCACCUUGACCUUCAAUACUUCCCCAUGGAUCAACAACGGUGUCGGAUGUCUUUCGAGUCGUGGACAUACAAUGACAAGCAACUAAAUAUUACAAAUGGAGAAGGUGGGGACGCAAGUUUAAGUGAUUACAGAUUUCAGACAGAAUUGGAACUGUUGUCAUUCACGACGAGCCGACAGACCUCAUAUUAUACAUGUUGCGCCGAGCCCUACGUCACAUUGACGUACGACGUGGUCGUGAGACGGAGGCCCUUGUUCUUCCUGGUUAAUCUAAUGAUGCCCUGUCUAGUCGUCACGUUGGUUGCUCUGCUGGGACUUCUGGUGCCGAAUGAAUCUGGAGAAAAAGUUACUAUAGGAAUCACGUCUCUCCUGGCAAUGAUAGCAUUGUUGCUUGUGCUCUCGACGGCAAUGCCACCGACGUCGUCUGUGGUUCCUCUUAUUGUUAGGUACUACGCUAUCAGUAUCUUCAUUGUGUCGCUGAGUACAGGCCUGGCCGUGUUCACUCUCAAUAUUCAUCACCGAGGAGCGAGGGGACACAAACUGCCAAGGCUUGUGAAAACUGUGUGCUUCAGUUUUCUUGCCAGGAUCCUGUUCAUCAAAAUAGACGGACCAGAGUCUGACGACCAGGAAAUGAACCUCCGAAAUCCCGCUUAUGACGAGGCCAACCAUGCAGACAAACCAGCACCCACCCUGAGCCUGACGGAGGGACAGCAGGCUGGCGGGACUAACGUAGUGGAUGUUCUCAACCGGCUACUCCACACAGUAGAGCAGGGCGUAGGGCUACAGAAGAGGAGGGUCGCCAAACAAGACAGCCUUGACCAGAUUACAUAUGAAUGGAAGCAACUGGCCAUCGUCCUCGAACGUGCUCUGACGAUCAUAUUUCUCUUCGUCACUGUUCUCACGACGGUUGCAAUGUUCUCCUAG